AUGACAAAGAGAUUCUCAGUGGCAGUGGUGUGUAAAGAGGAGGUCCCCCCUGAGCAGCUUCAGCGGACCCCCAGUCUGGAGUUUGAGCCCCCACACAUUAAGGAGGAACAGGAGGAACUCUGCACCAAUCAGCAAGGAGAGCAGCCUCAGGAUAUCACCAGGCUGCCGUUCACUGCUGUCCCUGUGAAGAGUGAGGAUGAUGAAGAGGAAGCUCAGUGGAGCAGAGACGGCCGCCGCUCCACUGGACAGAUGGAACCCUGCUCACUCUGUGGUAAAGGGUUUGCACGGAAAGGAGCCCUCAGGAUACACAUGAGAAUCCACACUGGAGAGAAACCAUUCGACUGCUCACUCUGUGGUAAAGGGUUUACCACGAGUGGACACUUCAAUGGACACAUGAGAAUCCACACUGGAGAGAAACCAUUCAUCUGUUCACUCUGUGGUAAAGGGUUUACACAGAAAGGAAACCUCAAGCGACACAUGAGAACCCACACUGGAGAGAAAUCAUUCGUCUGCUCACUCUGUGGUAAAGGGUUUAUCGAGAAAGGAAACCUCAAGAUACACAUGAGAACCCACACUGGAGUCAAACCGUUCCCCUGCUCACUCUGUGGUAAAGGGUUUAUCAUGAGUGGAUACCUCAAGCGACACAUGAGAACCCACACUGGCGAGAAACCGUUCGUCUGCUCACUCUGUGGUAAAGGGUUUACCGAGACAGGACACCUCAAUGAACACAUGAGAACCCACACUGGAGAGAAACCAUCCGUCUGCUCCGUCUGUGGUAAAGGGUUUACACAGAAAGGAAACCUCAAAAGACACAUGAGAACCCACACUGGAGAGAAACCAUUCGACUGCUCACUCUGUGGUAAAGGGUUUACACAGAAAGGAAACCUCAAGACACACAUGAGAAUCCACACUGGAGAGACACCAUUUGUCUGCUCACUCUGUGGUAAAGGGUUUACACAGAAAGGACACUUCAAGCUACACAUGAGAAUCCACACUGGAGAGAAACCGUUCCCCUGCUCACUCUGUGGUAAAGGGUUUACAUGGAAAGAAACCCUCAAGAUACAUAUGAGAAUCCACACUGGAGAGAAACCAUUCGUCUGCUCCAUCUGUGGUAAAGGGUUUACCGAGACAAGACACUGCAAGGAACACAUGAGAAUCCACACUGGAGAGAAACCAUUCGUCUGCUCCGUCUGUGGUAAAGGGUUUACUGAGAAAGGACACCUCAAGCGACACAUGAGAAUCCACACUGGAGAGAAACCAUUCGUCUGCUCCCUCUGUGGUAAAGCGUUUACACAGAAAGGACACCUCAAAAGACACAUGAUAAUCCACGUUGGCGAGAACCUGUAG